AUGGAAAAUACAGAAAACAUCGAUCUCCGCAUCCUUCUUUUCUCUUUCUCACGUGUGAAUCCUACAGUGUUGUUAGAAGAUUCGGUAGUUUUCGCUGAAUCCGUGGAUCAUGAAGGUAUUACUGUCGUCACUCAAGACGAAGCACCACCUACAGUAGGAGCUCCUGCUCCUGCUCCUGCUACCGCUACUGCGAUUCGAAUGAUUUAUUAUCGAAUUGCUGAUCGGAUGGCAUUUGAUGCUGAUCGUCUGAUGUCAGAUGAUGGACUUAGUGUUACGACUGAGAAGAGUUCAGCUUCUACGGUUCCUCUAGUGAUUAGGAUGAAGUUUCCAGAAACAUGGCUCUUUGACUAUUUUGAGAUUAGUUCCAACGGAGAAGCAGUGUACCAAUCAAUGGCACCCGACACAAUCACUUCAUGGGUGGCUAGUGCAUUUGCCAUUAACGACAAUUCUGGAUUGGGUGUUGCACCGACCACAUCCAAGUUGCGAGUGUUCCGUCCGUUCUUCAUCCGUCUAAACCUACCGUACUCAGUGAAACGUGGUGAAAAGUUUGCUCUACAAGUGCUGGUGUUCAACUACAUGGAAAAAGAACAAGAUGUUACGGUCACGUUGAAGCACGACGACAGCUCUGGUUUCGAUUUCUUGAAUAAGGACGGUAGCAUUCGAAAAAGCCGUGACGCUGCUGAACGUAACUACAACGUCCGUGUUGUGUCUGUGCCAGGUGGUGGAGUCUCGAAAGCCGUCUAUUUCCCUAUUGUACCGACCGAAAUCGGAAUGGUCAAGUUGACUGUUACGGCUCAAGCGGCUCAGGCUGGUGACGGUGUAGAAGAACCGCUCAGAGUGGAGCCUGAAGGGUACCGUGUCGACCGUAACGUACCGGUGGUAAUCGAUCUCAACAAUGGCACAGAUUUCGAAAAAGUCGUACAAAUGAUGUGGCCAAGUGAUGUGGUUGAGGGCUCUCAGAAAGCACGAUUCGAAUUAGUCGGUGACAUCAUGGGUCCAGUACUGUCAAACAUCGAAGGCCUUGUACGUAUGCCUUAUGGAUGCGGUGAACAGAACAUGCUAAACUUUGUCCCGAACAUCGUCGUAUUACGUUACCUAAAAGCUACGAAUCGGGCUGAGCCAACGAUCGAGGCAAAAGCAGUAAAAUUCAUGGAAGCCGGCUAUCAACGAGAACUCACGUACAGACGCUACGAUAACUCAUUCUCGGCCUUUGGCGAGAGCGACAAGUUCGGAUCCACUUGGUUGACAGCCUUUGUGGUUCGAUCAUUCGCUCAGGCUCGGGCAUACAUAUUUGUCGAUCCUACCGUACUCACCAAGAGCAUAGCAUUCCUCAAUGGACAACAAAUGGAAACUGGCGCUUUUGCUGAACAUGGUGAAGUUCACCACAAGGAUAUGCAAGGAGGAGCCAGUGAAGGUGGUAUCGGCCUAACGGCAUAUGUUGUGGUGGCACUGUUGGAAAAUGGGAUUCGUAACGACAAUGGUAUUGCCUUCUUGGAGAGGCAUCUCGACAGUAUUGACAAAUCAAAGGACACCACGCAGUACUUCUAUCAACCUCGGCCUGUAGAUGUUGAGACAACCGGCUACGUACUGCUAAACUACAUGCUUGAUGGUGACACUGAGCGGGGUCUCCCACUUGUGCGAUGGCUAACAGGCCAACGAAACGCCUAUGGAGGCUUCUCAUCUACUCAGGAUACAGUAAUCGCACUACAGGCCCUAGGAAGUUAUGCGGAACACGCUUACUCGGCCGACUCGAACGUAACGGUUACGGUAACGAACGGAGCCGAUAGUCAAACAUUCGGAGUGACACCAUCAAACGCUAUUGUUCUACAGAGCUACGAGCUUCCAAAUAUCGAUUCAAGUGUUGAUGUCAAAGCGUCCGGAAAGGGAACAGUUUUCGCCCAGGUUUCCUAUUCCUACUACCGAAAUGCCGUUCGGGACGAUUCUCCGUUCUUCUGUUCAAAAGAUCUCAAAGAACUACGAGGUGGUAACAGAAUGCAACUCGACUUGUGCUGCAAGUAA